CCGCGUCCCCGCGCCCCCGCCCGCCAUGGGCGCCGCGGCCCGCAGCCUGCGGCUGGCGCUCGGCCUCCUGCUGCUGGGGACGCUGCUGCGCCGGGCCGACGCCUGCAGCUGCUCCCCGGUGCACCCGCAACAGGCGUUUUGCAAUGCGGACGUAGUGAUCAGGGCGAAAGCGGUCAGUGCGAAGGAGGUGGAUUCCGGGAACGACAUCUACGGUAACCCCAUCAAACGGAUUCAGUACGAGAUCAAGCAGAUCAAGAUGUUCAAAGGCCCCGACAAGGACAUCGAGUUCAUCUACACGGCCCCUUCCUCCGCCGUGUGCGGGGUCUCGCUGGACGUCGGGGGGAAGAAGGAAUAUCUCAUUGCAGGAAAGGCCGAGGGGAAUGGCAAGAUGCAUAUCACCCUGUGUGACUUCAUCGUGCCCUGGGACACCCUGAGCACCACCCAGAAGAAGAGCCUGAACCACAGGUACCAGAUGGGCUGUGAGUGCAAGAUCACGCGCUGCCCCAUGAUCCCGUGCUACAUCUCGUCUCCGGACGAGUGCCUCUGGAUGGACUGGGUCACGGAGAAGAACAUCAACGGGCAUCAGGCCAAGUUCUUCGCCUGCAUCAAGAGAAGUGACGGCUCCUGUGCGUGGUACCGCGGGGCGGCGCCCCCCAAGCAGGAGUUUCUCGAUAUUGAGGACCCGUAAGCAGGCCAACAGCACCCCUCUGGCCAACGGAAGAGCCUCCAAGAGUUUAGACUGGUCCAGCUCUGACAUCCCUUCCCGGAAACAGCAUGAAUAAAACAGUCAUCCAAGUGGGUCUAAAUUAGUGUGAGUCUCCUCCCACCCCAUCUCCCUUUUAAAAGUGGUCGUGGUCCCACACCCCGUCUGCCAGCCUGGGCACCCUUGGGGGCAGGCAGGGCAGGAUGCACGGGCCCAGCCCCAGCCCUGGCACCGCCACAAACACUGAGUGGGGGUGUCCCAUACAUAGGAGUCCCCCAGGCCUGGUCAGGGCAGAGCCUGGAAAUGUGCAUUUUGCAGAAACUUUUUGAGGGUCGUUGCGAGACUGUGUAGCAGGCCUACCAGGUCCCUUUCAUCUCGAGAGGGGCAUGUCCCUCGUUUCCUGCAGCUUCCACACCUCUGGCCCUAAGGCAGCAGUCCCCGCCCCUUGCAAGUGCCCCUGUCUCCUCUGUGCCCAUCACGGGCUCCCAGUACCUGUGACUCCUGUAAAUACAGAAGCCCUGGACCAGUGGCUCACUCCUGAAGAAGCCCCAGUUAACUCCAUGAAUCCACAGUGGAAGCCAGGCUCCAGGGCCUUGUACGAUGCGGGUGACAAGCUUCCCCAUCAUCCAAGUCCUUUUCAUUCCCCCCACCACACACCCCGACGCUGGGGGAGUCCAUGGCAUUCUGCCCUGAGGGCAGACGUUUGGGGGGACACUUGGCUCCCCUUGCCAUUUACUCCCGGGCUUCUGAAGUCAGUCUGGCUCCCUCCUCCUCCUCCUCCUCCUGGCAUCGGGCAGCCAGCUGAGUCGCACACAUUGGUUUUGCACGGGGUUGUGUGUAGCGGUAGCACGGGCUGGCUGUGCUCUGUUUGCACAUCCUGAAGACAUCGAAAACUGGGCUGUGCGGUGUCCCCCAACGCACCUGGUGCCACAGCCUUACCGUGACCCCCCCCACAAAGACGGAUAGUCACUGUGCUGGGCGUGAUUUCUGGGAGCGAAGGUCGCUGGGCAUGUUGUGAAGUCUUACCCAGGAAGGGACAAAUUGGGGAGGUAGGGGGUUUCAGUGAAUCUCUUUCCAGGCGUCUGGGAUACUGUGGCCAACAUCUCACUUUUCUAAAGAUGACUUCUCAGAUAAUCUGUGAACCCAAAUCCCAGCCGUACCAGCCUCCACUUGGGUUUUUGAUAUUCCAUCUCUCGGUCCAAAAAAAAAAAAAAGAAGCGUCCUAGGGGACUGGAGAAACUGUUCCCCAAGCACAGCUUUCUGCUGCCGGUAAAUUGGGGGUUAAUGCAGGCAGAAAUUGCUCAGCAAAAAGUCCUCUUUUCUUCCGACUUGUGUACGGUAUAAACUGUUCUGAGUUUCUUAUGCAAAUUAGGCAAACACACGGAUGUGAGCACGUGUGCGAGCACAUGCACACGCGGAGACCCACGUGUGUCCGCCUGUGCACCCUCCUCCUGCAGAACACUUCGAGUCACCACAUUCUAAGCAUUGCUCUACUCUGCGGUGACCCCAAACCACCCGUAAGACCCCUGACCCCCACGUGGCGUGUAGCCCCCCAUGCCUGCCGGGACCCGGUCAGCACAGAUUUUUGAUGACUUCCUUUCUAGGGCAGUCUAGGGGGAUAGCCAGGGAUCAGCCCCUGAAUCGAGGGUACUUUCAUGCUGUACAGUGAUAGAAAGUGUGUAAGAUGUCAUAAUGGACCAGUCCAUGUGAUUUCAGUAUAUACAAGAACACCAGACCCCUCCAAUCAAUAUAACACCCCCCGUUUGCUUCCUGUAUGGUGUUAUCAUAUGUAACAUUUACUCCUGUUUCUGCUGAUUUUUUAAAUGUUUCGGUUUGUUUCUGACAUCAGUUGUAAUCAUUCCUGUGCUGUGUCUUUUAUUACCCUUGGUAGGUGUUAGCCUUGCACUUUUUUUUUUUAAGGUUUCUGCAUCGUGGAAGCUUUUGACCCAGAAUGGAAAGCAUGGCGUGCUAGCUAGCCUAUGGUGGUGGAUGCCUUCAGCUCUUUUCUUUCCUUCUUUGAGUGUGGUUGCUUUCUUCCAGCCGCUGCCUUUUGUUCUCUGGUUCAAAUCAUUACAGAGUAAAGCAUCUUUGAGUUGGUUGGUUCUAAAAGAUGGCCGUUAUACUCAGUCCACACACAUUGGUCUUCUAGCCACGCUGAGCAGAAAACAAAAACAGAAACAAAAAAUGCAAGAGGAAGCGCCCAGUGGCAGCUGAGAGACAAAGCCACUCAGAUACCAUCAGAGUCAACAAUUACAGCGUGCGUGUAGUUGAAGAAGGCUCUCCAUUCGGCAUCCUUUAAUUUAUGUUCUGUUCUACACACUGCUCGUUCCUCCUUCCAUUCUUGUCUCCAUGCAAGCAACUCAAAAUAUUGAAAGUGAAGUUUACAUUGUAGUUAUUUUCAAACCUUUGCUUGAUAAGUAUUAAGAAAUACCGGACUUGCUGCCAUAAUUUAAAGCUUUGUUUGUGUUUGUUUUUGCUUGGGUUUGGUUUUGUUUCGUUUCGUUUUGUUUUUUUUUUUAACUUUUGGGCAAUGCAUUUUUGCUGGAAUAUGAAGUCUGAGACCUUCCUGUGCUGGGAACACGUGAGAGCUGUUGAACGUUGACAAGCAGACUGUGCAUGUCUCUGAUACUUUGUAUCAUUCUUGAGUGAUCGCUCUGUCAAUGGACAAUAAACAGUAUUAUCAAGAA